CUUAGGGAUGUGUUAAGCGUAUUUAGUGCUUAGUAUGUAGUGUAUGUUCACACUAUGAAUUGUUAUCCGUGAAUUUGUUGCAACCAAAAAAUAAUUUAAUUUAUUGGACAUAUUUUAACAGUGCAAAAUAGGUUUAAAUAACACAAGCAAAUAAAAAAACUUAUUUGAAUCUUGUAAACAUAUAUAAAUUUGCCAAUAUGGAUAUACCACUGUCGAUGCUAUUGUUACUUUGUCUGGUUUUCACCAUCAUAGGAGCGGUUCUGAUACUGUUACUGCAAUAUUAUCUUUACUUAAAAUUUUCCAUACUUCCUCAAGAGAGUAUUGAACAAAAGGAUAUCAAUAUCAAGUACUCGCUGCCAGCAACAAUACAGCAAACUGCACGUGCCCUUGGUAUAACACAACCCACAUCCGUGGCUGCUGGCCACACGCAUUCUGUCGCAGCUCUAGACCCAACGCCUUUAAUGUCAAUUAACUUUGUGAUGCAAUUUAUUUUUCAUGAAUUGAAGAAUUCAAGUCGUGUGCGAAAAUGGUUCUACCGUAAAUUGUCCCUGGAGCUGGAUGAGCUGUUGUCUAAAACUACUACUGGAAAAUUAUUCGACAAGUUGACGAUCAAAGAAUUGGAUCUAGGAGAUCAAUUUCCGGAGAUUCGAGCUUUACGUAUACAUAGCGUCGACUUAAACGACACCGGCGAUCUUAUUGAAAAUGUCGAUAUUUUGAUGGAGAUUCAUUACACCGGAAAUUUUCGUACUUCUAUUGAUGCUGAUAUGGUGCUGGGUAAGAAGGGAUCCCUCACAUUAAUAGUAAAGCAAUUGUCGGGUUUGGCGCGCCUUCAGUUUACACGUGAGCCAUAUACUCACUGGUCUCUGAGUUUCCUCGGAGAUCCAGAGCUUGACUUGGCUAUCGAAUCCAAGUAUCAAGGACGUCAAAUGCAAUCGAAUAUUACGAGCCUGAUUUCAAAUCAAAUACGAAAGGCGGUGAGGCGGAAGCACACGCUUCCCAAUUAUAAACUGCGUUACAAGCCAUUCUUUCAUAUAACUCCAGAAGAAGACACUGACGUAGAUAUGCAGCCCAAUGGGUCAUUGGAGGUUAAAGUGUCGGAAAUAUCGCGGUUGAUGUGCCCAGAAAUUGUAUCUAAUAUAUAUUGUACAUUGACUUUAGCUUCUUUGGCGUUUGUAGAGAUACAUCAAAAGGAUAAUCGUCAUGUGGUAGUUUCUAUGGAUGUGGAAAUACACAAAGCGAAAAAUCAACAGAUCGGUAUACUAUUCAAGCAAAUAUCAGAACAAGGAGUAGAAAUUGAGGCUGUGUUGCCCAAUACGCCCGCUUGUAAAUCAGAUUUGCGUCCGGGUGACAUGCUGAUUGCCAUCGAAGGAAAACGGGUGCAGUCUAUUCAACAAGUGGCGAAAGUGUUCAAAAGUUUGCAAUCUUCAGCUUUACGCUUGCGAAUUGAACGUAUUAUUCCGGGUAUUAUAAGAAAUGAUGCCAUUCUUGAAGAUUUGGAAUUUUACGAAGAUCUUGGCGACACUCAUACAGGCUAUAGUAUAAACAAGACACUAACUGAGAGCAACGAUUUAUGUGUGAAACAAACGACGAGUGCAAAUCUUGACGAAAAAGGCACUUCUAGCGAGUCUAGUAUCGGUAGUACUCCAACAAAUUCUCCAAAGAAAAGCAAACUAAUUACGAAAGCCUUAAAAAAAACCAUUACUCGUGAAUUCUCUGACAACAAAGACAAGGAUGAUGAUAGCAAAGGAAAGAAUAAACAAUUUACUGAAACGGAGGAGAAGUCUAAGACCUCUCCCAAAGUCGAUACGGAUAAUUUAGGUGAAGUUGAACAUUAUUAUCAGCAUUCGACUAUAGAUUGUGCUAAUAAACGUCUUAUACACAUGGAUGAUAUAAGUUGUUUCAAGUUGAACGCCAACUCGCGAUUUUUAAAUGUUGGUGUGUACUCAAAAGGUGUUGGAGAAUGCUCCUUGCUCGGAUUUGCCAACAUUCCAGUGGCUCACAUUUUGGCUGAAUGCUGUGAAACAAGCUUGGUGCAGUGUUGGAGAAAAGUAGAGCUCAGCCCACCUAUGCCGCAAGAUUUAAAGACUCAUAAACUUUCUAGCCAAUCAGGCUUUAAUGCUAAUAUGUGUUUUGGCGAUGCUCUUUUCGCCUUUACUUGGAAUGGGAAUCCCAAUUUACAGUCGAGUGAUUCGGGAGCAAAAGAUGUGAUUAAAACUAAGAGCAAAAAUAACAGUGUUGCAGAUAGAAUAAGUAAUGAUAGCGGGGUAUUUGAAACUAAUUCGUUGCGUUCAACAAUGAGUUCCAGCUCACUUACACAAACUGCACAAAUAACUUCUGGUCAAUUACGAUCGCACAGUUUUGUUCGCACCCAUUUCCAACGUGCUACCCAAUGUGAUUUCUGCGGCAAGAAAAUUUGGCUAAAAGAUGCUGUCCAGUGUAGUGAAUGCUCCAUGUGCUGUCACAAGAAAUGUAUAACAAAAUGUCAAAAUGCUACAGUAUGCGGACCUGUUGAUUGUUCCACGGUGCUCCAGCUGAGACAAUCUUCAAUUCCUACUCCAGAAUUUACUGUUACCGAUGCUGAAACGUGCGUGGCUUCUGAAGCUGAAGAGGAUAUAGCAUUCGUGGCCAGUGAGGAGACUCCGGAAAUAACAACAUCGAAAAUGACACCAACUCCAAAUCUGGAGGUACACCGAUCAAGUUUGACGGGAUUAUUAGCACAAGGCAUAAAACGUGUAAAUUCAGCAAAUAAUCUCGCUAUACCUGGUAUUGUGUCUUCAUUGACCGGCAGUGGUGGCAGUGUGGCAGGCACAAAUGUAACGAUGGUGGCAAAAAGUUUGCCCCCUAGUCCGCAAAGAUCCCCAUCUCGAAAAUCCUCACUGGUAUAUAAUUCAUUUACUGUCUUCGAUAUAAUAACUCAACGAUUGGAAGCUGUUCCUGCAGAAGCAACGGAAUUGAGUAUCGAACAGAUAAGCGCCAUAAGUGAGCCCAUAAUCUGCAUAUCGAAGGAGGAGGACGUUAUGACCUUAGCUAAAAAUGCCAGCAAAAGUCUUUAUGGCGAUUUGCCUGCCUCAGAAAGAGUUGAGAAAAUUAAUUUAUUGCUCAGCAAACUUCGCAUAGCGUUAGAUAGUGAGACGUCUCUCUAUUCCAGCUUGGCUACGAAUAGCACAUUGAAAACCGACAAUGCUAAUGCUACAAUGCCCGCAACACAGGCCAGAACAGAAGAGCGCGUCCAAGCACUCAGCGUUAUCAUGCUGUAUCUAUGCACCGGAUUGCAGAAUGCACAGGGUAUCGAAAUGCGUUGAAAUGUAAUCGAGUUUGACUUCGACAUUCGGGGAAAUACAGAAAGAAGUCUGAAGUAAUAUAAAGAUGGAAUUUUAUUGUAGCUCUAGAGCACUCCUUACUACAUUUUUAGUAGUUGUUUCAAGUAGUUAAAAUAUAUAUUACCAAAAUAGAUAUUUGUAUGUAAAUACGGUGCUAAGGAGUUAAGGAAAUUUAUUAU